UUCCACCACCUUUUGUUAAGUCCAUGGAUCUGGUGCACUGCAAAAUAAUGUUAUUCUGACGCUGUACAUUUUUGUUUGAAGAAGAUAAUGCUGUAGAUGUAUGAACACGGCCUUUAGAUAUGGUUUGCAACGAUAGAUAUAUAAGUUGCAUUUUUGCAAAGCACUUGGCGCUCUUGUGUAAUUUUAGUUGCAGUAAUCAGUUUCGAGAUAUGGACCAGGGGGACAGUUAAAUUUGAAUCAACAUAGUGUUCCAUAUAAAAGUAAUUUCUUGCCUGAUUUGUCAAUAUAUGUACAUACAUAACAGGUCAGGCACAGGUAGUUUAAAUUGAACCUAAAAAACCCAAUUUUUUUUUAGGAAACCAAAAGACCCAUUUUGUCAGUUUAGUACCCAGUUGUACUUUUAUUCUUUUCAUGCUGUCAAGUUAUUUCAAGUUGUCUUCUCGACCGAAAAAAAAUGUGAUAUUUGUGAUUGGAGAAUAGUUGGUGCAAGCAUAGAGAUGACGCAUACAAAUUAGAGUAUCUUUUGAGAUUUAUUUGCUUUUACGACUUGGAGUGUUUUAUAAUCCCUGAUAUCAUAUACAGCCAUAUUGGAUAAAAACUGCAUCAUUAAACAUCCCUAACUUGUAAACUCUCCUCUAUAGUAUGUAAUUUUAGUUGCAUUGAUCAAUUUCGAGGUAUGGAGAAUGGACAAGGGAAACAAUUAAGUCCAUGCAUCCUUGAACCAGCAUAUUGCUCCACAUAAAAGUAAUUUGUCGAUACAUUACACGUACAUGUUGUCAAGAGAUAGUCAUUUACCACGUCAGGCACAAGCGGUCCUAAAAGAUCCAUUCUGUUUGUUUAGUGUUCUUUUUGUUUGUUCUUUUCCUGCUGUCAAGCUAUUUCUAGUCAUUCUCGCAAUGGUAAAAAACAUUCUGAGAUUUGUGACUGGAGUAUGGUUUAUGUGAGUGUAGAGACAGCUGGUACAAGUACAUACAGGUACCGCACUUAUUAAGCAUUUUCAGCACUAUUGCAUUUUAAGAAGCCGUCACUUUUUAUCUGAUGCAAGAAAACUCAUAUUGUUCCAGGCUUGAGGCAGUGAGCCGUGACCAUGAAACAAUACCAGAAAGGCUUGCAGUGGUCACUGGUGGAAACAGAGGAAUUGGCCUAGAGGUAUGCCGGCACCUUGCUGUGCAAGGUGUAACGGUCAUUCUUACUGCAAGGAAUGAGAACAGAGGAAAAGAUGCAGUCGAGUCCCUUGGCCAUGGAUCUAACCUCUCCAACAUAAUCUUUCAUCAACUCGAUAUCCUAGAUAAUGAUAGUGUCUCCUCGUUAGCCCAACAUAUUGAGACCAGAUAUGGGAAGCUUGACAUUUUGGUGAAUAAUGCAGGUGUUGGAGGAGUUGAAGUAGAUCAGGAUGGCCUGAGAGCUCUCAACAUUGAUCCUAACACAUGGUUAUCAGGUAAAGCGGCCAAUCUCCUUGAACAUGUGGUCGUACAAACCUAUGAUGGGGCAGUGAAAUGCGUCGACACGAACUACUACGGAUGCAAAUGGGUAACUGAAGCUCUCCUUCCUCUACUGAAACAAUCCACAUCGGGAGCAAGGAUUGUAAACACUAGCUCCCUCCGGUCAGAGCUGAAGAGAAUGCCAAACGAGAAGCUCCGGGACGAGCUGCGCAACGUUGACCUCUGGGACGAGAACCGGAUGGAGGCGAUGCUGGAUGAGUUCUUGGAAGACUUGAAGCACGGACGGCUCGAAGAGAGAGGCUGGCCGACGAUGCUGCCGGCGUACAGCAUGUCCAAGAUGGUGGUCAACCUCUACACAAGGAUCCUGGCCAAGAGGCACCCGGGAAUGCGCAUCAACUGCGUGCACCCGGGCUUCGUCAAGACAGAGAUCAACUGGAACACGGGGGUCAUCCCUCCCGAAGAAGGCGCUAGAGGAGCUGUCAAGCUGGCCCUGCUCCCUGACGAUGGACCGACCGGGUGCUACUUUGAUCAGACUGAUUUGGGGGUCGCUUGGUGACACAAGGUUGCACGCUGCAUACUUCUUCUGGGCGCCCUUUCGUGGGAUUUGAUUCUUCGCCGUUCUCGUGCGAGACGGCAGAUGCAAUGCAUCUUAGUUUUGUACUGCCCUGCACGUGCUUUUUCCAUUCAAAAAUAGCUUGUACCACUCUACUGAAGCAGCAGUAAUAAGAUGUUUAGGACAUCAUAAACAGGCCUAAAAUGGCAGCAGCACUUUGGACAAGAGUGGUCGGAUUUGCUAUUGAUAAGUUGUCUGGCUUUUUCGUA